CCGCACCGCAGAGCCUUCGGCACAGAGUCCCGGCGGGGCGCUUGCUCGCGAUGCCGAGGGCCGCGGGCCUGGGGCGCGGCGGCCGUGCUCCCCGGGCCUGAGCGCGCACCCGCCGCCGCGGGCCGUGAGCUCCCGGUGACUGCGCGGCCGGGGAGUCGCGGCCCGACCCUUCGGGAGGUGAUGCCGGCCCAGUCCUGAGUGGCCCGGGAGAGCGAGGAAACCCCAAAAUGGAGGACUUUUCUACCAGGACCUAUGGCACCAGCGGCUUGGACAACAGACCUCUGUUCGGAGAGACGUCGGCCAAGGAUCGAAUCAUCAAUUUAGUUGUUGGCAGCUUAACAUCCUUAUUGAUUCUAGUAACACUGAUCAGUGCUUUUGUUUUCCCUCAACUACCUCCAAAACCGCUGAAUAUAUUUUUUGCUGUCUGCAUCUCUUUGAGUAGUAUUACUGCCUGCAUACUUAUCUACUGGUAUCGACAAGGAGACUUAGAACCGAAAUUUAGAAAUCUAAUUUACUAUAUCUUAUUUUCUAUCAUCAUGUUAUGUAUAUGUGCAAACCUAUACUUCCAUGACGUGGGGAGGUGAGGCUGCUAUAGGAGAAAUACUUACCAGGUCUCUUCAAAGCUAUCCAUUAGGACUGUGAACAAGAGCUGGGUAAGCUUCUGAAGAAUCUCCUGAACAAGUCUGAUACAUGAUUUUCAUGUUAAUUGUAAAUCUAAAAUACCCUCUUGCAGGGGAGACCUAGAUUGCUUUGCUUUUUCUUUAAGGAGGUGUUGUUGCACUUAAACAUUCCAACCCUUAAAGCUCAAAUGGCACAAGCAAUUUUCACUUUUGAAAUUAAAUUUUUUUAUACUGUAAGUGCAUGGCGAAAGGCUAUGUAACAAUCUUGCAUUUUAAGACAAAUAUUCUUUUAUUUCUGUUAAACUGAAUAUACAAUUGUUCCCUAGGCAACCAACUUUUGCUUAUAACUACAAUUUAAUUUCACAUUAACAAAACACAGAUGGUGAAAAGACAACUUUGAUUGUGAAGAUCUAAUUACAAUAAUAAAUAAAAUAAUUUAUACAUGG